AUGUCUUACAACUUCUGCCUGCCCAACCUGAGCUUCCGCUCCAGCUGCUCCUCCCGGCCCUGUGUGCCCUCCAGCUGCUGUGGCACCACCCUGCCCGGGGCCUGCAACAUCCCCGCCAACGUGGGCAGCUGCAACUGGUUCUGCGAGGGCUCCUUCAAUGGCAACGAGAAGGAGACCAUGCAGUUCCUGAACGACCGGCUGGCCAGCUACCUGGAGAAGGUGCGGCAGCUGGAGCGGGAGAACGCGGAGCUGGAGAGCCGCAUCCUGGAGCGCAGCCAGCAGCAGGAGCCCCUCGUGUGUCCCAACUACCAGUCCUACUUCCGGACCAUCGAGGAGCUCCAGCAGAAGAUCCUGUGUGCCAAGUCAGAGAAUGCCAGACUGGUGGUGCAGAUCGAUAAUGCCAAGCUGGCCGCAGAUGACUUUAGGACCAAGUAUGAGACGGAGCUGGGCUUGCGGCAGCUGGUGGAGUCGGACAUCAACGGCCUGCGUAGGAUCCUGGAUGAGCUGACCCUGUGUAAGUCCGACCUGGAGGCCCAGGUGGAGUCCCUGAAAGAGGAGCUGAUCUGCCUCAAGAGCAACCAUGAAGAGGAAGUCAACACCCUGCGGAGCCAGCUGGGAGAUCGCCUCAAUGUGGAGGUGGAUGCCGCCCCCACUGUGGACCUCAACCGUGUGCUCAAUGAGACCAGGGCUCAAUAUGAGGCCUUGGUGGAGACGAACCGCAGAGACGUGGAGGAAUGGUACAUCAGGCAGACUGAGGAGCUGAACAAGCAGGUGGUGUCCAGCUCAGAGCAGCUGCAGUCCUGCCAGACAGAGAUCAUUGAGCUGAGACGCACGGUCAAUGCUCUGGAGGUGGAGCUUCAGGCGCAGCACAACCUGAGAGACUCCCUGGAGAACACCCUGACGGAGACGGAGGCUCGCUACAGCUGCCAGCUGAACCAGGUGCAGAGCCUGAUUGGCAACGUGGAGUCACAGCUGGCGGAGAUCAGGAGUGACCUGGAGCGGCAGAACCAGGAGUACCAGGUGCUCCUGGACGUGCGGGCCCGGCUGGAGUGUGAGAUCAACACGUACCGGGGGCUGCUGGACAGCGAGGACUGCAAGCUGCCCUGCAAUCCCUGUGCCACGACCAAUGCAUGCGGCAAGACCAUCACACCCUGCAUCUCUGGUCCCUGUGCUCCUGCUGCCCCCUGCACGCCCUGUGUCCCCCGCUCCCGCUGUGGGCCUUGCAACUCCUACGUGCGCUAG